GGUGGCAGGGUCAGGGAAGCUGCACAGAUGCAGCAGGAGCACAUGACCUGCAGCCGGACGCGAAACCCACGUCGCCCUGCCUAUCAAGGUUCGCGACGACGUGAACCUGCAGCAGCAAGCGGCAAGCUGCGCGCCCUCCUGAGAGCUUCGAGCUGCAAAGGCAUAUGUGACUACCGUAGGUGACACAAGAUACCAUACUCCCUGGACCGAUUUUCGACGUUCGACUACUCCACGACGAAGAGGGUACCAAUUCAAAUGGUACGAUUUCGGAAAGAUCUCGACGAGACGGUUACAACGCCUUCAUGUUCGGCACCGCCACUCUUCGAACUGUGGACUAAAUCGUUAAAAAAAUCGGUAAAGGGGGUGUGAUAUCUUGUGUCACCUACGGUAGGUUACUGCUGUACGCAUUGUUGCAGCUGAGGAAAACAACACCCGCCUGGCCGGCGAGAACCUGCAACUACCUGUUGCAUGGAUUACUUCGGCUAAGCUGUACGGUGUAGGGAACAUAUAUAUUGUAGCGUGUUCUUGCUUGUCUGCGAGCUUGUAGGCAUAAUCGCCGGGGUGUCGUUGUGAUGGACCGCCAUGGAUGUUGUAAGGUACUGAGAAAAAACCUGAAAGGGGCGUGGUCGAGAAAGUAUUCAUCAGUGGGAUUUCCUUCUACACCACACAAUCUCUGGUUAGGUUUGAUACAGUGAUCUCAACCGCCAUUUGGUUCGCUGAUCACUCGCAAAAACCCUCCAUAUCCCACAUACACACAUGAGCUGCGCGGUGUAGUGGGUGUUUGGCCGGACAUUCUUAUACAAGGUACACAUGCCAUCGUCCAUGUUUCCGAGGUGAUCUGUGGGACAUAAAUAGGUGGUCGGUGUACGUUUGCCCGAAGUGAUUUGUAGGACAUAGUUGGUCGGUGUACAGUUAGCGCCCGCACUUCAGAGCUUUGAAGUUGAGAAAUUCAGCCUGGAAAAUGUCAAGAUCUAAGAACUUGGCCAUAAGAACAUGUGAUAGGUUGUGACGUGGUAACAAAGAGCAAGGAUCCACCCUUCUUUGUGGUGCUUUUCAACAUCGGGUGCUUCAAGAUAAGAACUCA